CAGGUGAAAUUUGUGGUGUGGGCUCAGGCCCAUGACUGUAUGUGUUCCUGGUUGAAAUGGCGGGAAUGUCAGUGAACUCCGACAACCAUAUCAUCACUUGCAGCUUCCAACGUUGAUGCCCUUGCACUUCUCUUCCUCCUCUACCCACCACCAUGGACGCCAUGUCCUCUGUUCUCAAGAACUACUUUGGCUUUUCGGAUUUUCGGCCUUACCAGAAAGACAUUAUUGAGAAAAUUAUUGAGAAAAGGGAUUGUGUGGUGGUCAUGGCCACUGGCAGUGGGAAGUCCUUGUGCUAUCAGGUACCUCCAUUGGUUGUUAAAAAGACUGGGAUUGUUGUAAGCCCUCUCAUAUCAUUGAUGCAAGACCAGGUAAUGGCUUUGAAGGAGCGGGGUAUCAAAGCUGAGUAUCUUGGAAGUGCUCAGAAGGAUUUCACUGUUCAGACUAAAGCUGAGCAUGGUCAAUUUGACAUUCUUUUCAUGACUCCUGAGAAGGCAUGCACAAUUUCAACCAGUUUUUGGUCCAAUUUGCUAAAGGCAGGCAUUAGUCUUUUUGCUGUUGAUGAAGCACAUUGCAUAUCAGAAUGGGGGCAUGAUUUUAGGGUGGAGUACAAGAACUUAGACAAAUUACGCAGUGUUUUGGUAGAAGUUCCUUUUGUUGGUCUAACUGCCACUGCUACUGAAAAGGUUCGAUUUGACAUCAUCAAAUCUCUGAAGAUGAAUAAUCCUUAUGUUUUAGUUGGUUCAUUUGAUCGCGCAAAUCUUUUCUAUGGUGUAAAGCCAUUUAGCCGUGGACAAUCUUUUAUUGAUGAGCUUGUGCGAGAAAUUUCAAAAGAAGUUGAUAGUGGUACUUCAACUAUAAUUUACUGCACAACAAUCAAGGAUGUAGAGCAGAUAUCCAAGUCACUUACGGAAGCAGGUAUUAAGGCUGGAAUGUACCAUGGACAAAUGAAUGGAAAAUCUCGAGAGGAAUCUCACAGAUUAUUUGUUAGAGAUGAAGUGCAAAUCAUGGUGGCUACAAUUGCUUUUGGCAUGGGCAUAGAUAAACCUAACAUAAGAAAAGUGAUUCACUAUGGCUGCCCUAAGAGUAUAGAAUCCUACUACCAGGAAAGUGGACGAUGUGGUAGAGAUGGUAUACCUUCUGUUUGUUGGCUUUACUACACAAGAGGUGACUUUGCAAAAGGCGAAUUCUAUUGUGGAGAUAUAAAAUCAGAAAUCCAAAGAAGAGCUAUUAUGGAGUCAUUGCGGGCUGCGGAACACUAUUGUGUGCUGCCAACUUGCAGAAGAAAGUUCCUUCUUGAAUACUUUGGGGAAAAUUUUCCGGCUGAUAGAUGUGGAAACUGUGAUAACUGCUUAGUCGCAAAGAAGGAGCGUGACCUGUCGAGAGAAGUAUUUCUUCUAAUGGCUUGCAUUCAUUCAUGCAAGGGCAAUUGGGGCCUUAAUAUCCCCAUUGACAUUCUGCGUGGUUCUCGAGCCAAGAAAAUUAUUGAUGCUCAGUAUGACAAGCUUCCACUUCAUGGACUUGGGAAAACUUACCCAGCAAAUUGGUGGAAAGCACUUGGACAUCAAUUGAUUUGCCAAGGUUAUUUGAAGGAGACUUUCAUUGACAUAUACAGGGCUAUAAGUGUCAGUUCAAAAGGAGAGGAAUUUUUGGCCUCGUGUAGACCAGACUAUCAACCUCCUUUAAUUUUGUCAUUGACUACUGAAAUGCUUGGAGAGGAGGAAAAUGGAAGCACAGAAGAUUUCAAAAUUUUAGCUACUUCAGAAUCAGGUGGUUUUUCAGAGGCUGAGGGUCAGCUCCUCCAAAUGCUUUUAGAAGAAAGAUUAAAGCUUGCAAGAAGUGUUGGAACUGCUCCUUAUGCUCUAUGUGGUGAUCAAACGAUCAAGAAAAUUGCUUUGACAAGACCAUCUACAAAAGCAAGGCUAGCAAACAUUGAUGGUGUGAAUCAGCACCUGCUAACCAGAUAUGGAGAUCAUUUUCUUGGAGUUAUUCAGAAACUGUCACAAGGAUUAAACCUAUCAUUGGAUGGCGAAGCAAGUAUGCAAACAAAUGAAGUACGUAAAGUAUCUCCAGUAAAUAUCAACAGAUCAAGAAAAUUGACACCGGCAAAGUUUGAAGCAUGGAAAAUGUGGCAUGAGGAUGGUCUUUCUAUUGAGAAGAUUGCUAACUUUCCAGGUAGAUCAGCUCCUAUAAAAGAACAAACCGUUGCUGAAUAUCUGCUGGAAGCUGCCCAAGAAGGAUUGCCUUUUGAUUGGACUAGAUUCUGUGAGAUGAUAGGAUUGACACAAGAGAUCAUGUCAGAAAUUCAGGGCGCUAUUUUAAAGGUUGGAUCUGAAGAUAAGCUGAAGCCUAUAAAGAAUGAAUUGCCAGAAGAUAUAACUUAUCAGCACAUUAAGGCUUAUUUGACAAUGCGAAGCUGUGGAGGUCCCCAGUCUGGGAAAGAUGGUGAAGCUGCAAAUAAUGCAUCAAAUGGUGAAGCUGUAAAUAAUGCAGCAAAUUUGUCAGAGCCUCAUUUAGAAACAUGCUACAAGGAAAGGCCUCUUGAAGCUGACAUCACUGGCAAAAGUUUGAAGGAAAAUUUUGACCUUGAAAUUGAUGAAGUUGUACUUUCUGGACCUGUCAAUGGUUCCACAGUACAGAAGCUUCCAUUAGCCUGUGAGGGGGAAUUCACAGCCAAACGACAAAAAGUAGCAGAGGAAGUGAAGUCAGUUAAAUUGAAGGCUACAGAGAGUUCUGUUGUAGAGUGGCUGAAGAACCUUGAUGAAGGGGCUACUUUGAUUGAUGUUUUGGAGCACUUCAAUGGAUCCGAUGAAGAUUCUGUGGUUGAAGUGCUAAAUUGCCUUGAGUGUGACUUUGCAAUAUAUAAGAAAGGUAACAUGUAUAGGGCUAUGUAAAAAAGUUGGUGUAUCAGGAUUUUAUAGACUUAACCCUUGUAGAAAAUAGUUUUUCAAUGGCAUGUUGCAUUGUUACUGAAAUGUUAACUGCCAUUGCUGAAUUAGGCUAUUGCAUGAUCAGGGUCUAGAAGGAAAACCAUUUUGAUCCUCUAUUUCUUGAGUGAUAUUUUCAUGUAGUCCCACGCGAGUCAUUUGUAGACGGAGGAUCUCAAUAUGUGAAAGAAUGACAAGUUGCUUUGUUUCUCUUC